AAUGAGGAAGAAGUCCGCCGCCGUCCUGCGCGCCUCGUCCCAACUCGUGCGGGUUUGCUGAUGAAGCGGUGCUGCGCUCCGGUCACCCGAUCAUACAGGUCGCUCCGGUCCCGCUGCGUGGAAACGAGGAGUCGGCACCAACAGGGAAACGGCAACAAAUAAACAGAGAAAAGCUGCCGGUGCAUGGGAAUCCGGACUCCUCACCCCUCCUCCUGCGCGUCUCGCUCGCUGGAUACGCCGCGUAUAAGAGCUCCCUGCGUCUCCAUUACCAUUCCCCACUACUGGCGUACCUCUACUCCUCCUCCUCCUCCUCCUUCUCCUCCUCCUCCUCCUCUUCUGCUUCUUACUUCUUGCAGUGGAGCUGUAGUGCAAUAGUGCUGCUUUUACGCCUCCGGAUUGUGGACACUCCGGAUACAAAGAUUGAAGAUCCUUAUUAAUCGCCACCUUACGGUACUGGUCCGGACGUCACCAUGGGCCGCUGGGAUCACUCCUCCCUCAUGUCCCCUGCCCUGAGGCUAGCAGUCGUCACCGUGAUUCUCCUCUUUGAACUCCACCUCUCGUUGGCUGGCGCACCCCCUGAGCCGAACUUGGGCGGCUCCGUUUUGGCAGUGUCCACCAAUAAAACCGAGUGCUCCAAGCCCGAGGCGUGCGCAAAAGGGGUGAUCUUACCUAUUUGGGAGCCCCAGAACCCAUCGUUUGGCGACAAGGUUGCUCGGGCAACAGUUUACUUUGUGGCCCUGGUCUACAUGUUCUUGGGUGUGUCAAUCAUCGCUGACCGUUUCAUGGCGUCGAUAGAGGUCAUCACGUCACAGGAAAAGGAGAUCACCAUCAAGAAACCCAACGGGGAAACCACCACCACUACUGUACGAAUUUGGAACGAGACAGUCUCCAAUCUCACCCUCAUGGCUCUGGGCUCUUCAGCUCCUGAGAUCCUGCUUUCCGUCAUAGAGGUCAUGGGUCAUGGGUUCCAGGCGGGCACACUGGGCCCCUCCACCAUCGUGGGCUCUGCGGCAUUCAACAUGUUUGUCAUCAUCGGGCUUUGUGUGUAUGUCGUGCCAGACGGUGAGACGAGGAAGGUCAAGCACCUCCGUGUCUUCUUCGUCACGGCCACCUGGAGUAUCUUCGCCUACAUUUGGCUCUACCUGAUCCUGUGUGUGAUCUCGCCUGGCGUUGUGCAGGUGUGGGAGGGGUUGCUCACGUUCAUGUUCUUCCCCAUCUGCGUGGUCUUUGCCUGGGUGGCCGACCGUCGCCUGCUUUUCUACAAGUAUGUGUACAAGCGCUACCGCACUGGCAAGCAACGUGGGAUGAUCAUUGAGACCGAGGGCGAUCGUCCACUUCCUUCCAAGGUGGACAUCGAGAUGGAUGGGAAGAUGCUGAACUCUCACGGUGUCGACUUCCUGGAUGGUCCGCUGGGUUUGGAUCUAGAUGAGAAGGAUCUGGACGAGGAGGAGACCCGCAGAGACAUGGCCAAGAUCCUGAAGGAACUCAAACAGAAGCACCCUGACAAGGAGGUGGAACAACUUAUUGAGCUUGCCAACUACCAAGUCCUGAGCCAGCAGCAGAAGAGUCGCGCUUUCUAUCGCUGCCAGGCCACUCGGCUGAUGACAGGUGCUGGCAACAUCCUGAAGAAACAUGCAGCCGAUCAGGCACGAAAGGCUGUCAGCAUGCACGAGGUUCGCUCUGAUGUUGGUGAUAACGACCCCAUCUCUAAGAUCUUCUUUGAGCCCGGUUCCUACCAGUGCCUCGAGAACUGUGGCACUGUGGCUGUCAACGUGGUGCGGCGUGGUGGCGACCUGGGCAAAACGAUUUCUGUGGAGUACCGGACAGAAGACGGGACGGCCAACGCUGGCUCGGACUACGAGUUCACAGAGGGUGUAGUGGUGUUCAAGUCCGGUGAGACGCUGAAAGAGAUCCGUGUGGGGAUCAUUGAUGAUGACAUCUUUGAGGAGGAUGAAAACUUCCUGAUUCACCUGUCCAACGUCAAGGUGUUGACAUCUGAAGGCGAGGAGCCCGAAGACGGCGAGUCAGCUAAUCACAUGGACUCGGUGGCCUGUCUCGGCUUACCCGCCACAGCGACCGUCACCAUCUUUGAUGACGACCACGCCGGUAUCUUUACAUUUGAGGAGCCUGUAUGCCAUGUGAGCGAGAGUGUCGGCACCAUGGAGGUGAAGGUGCUGAGAACGUCGGGGGCUCGCGGCGUGGUCAUGCUGCCGUACAAGACGGUGGAGGGAACAGCACGAGGCAGUGGAGAGGACUUCGAGGACUCUCAUGGCAUCUUGGAAUUUCAGAACGACGAGAUCUUGAAGACCCUAACCCUUAGGAUCUUAGACCGGGAGGUGUACAAUAAGCAGUCCUCCUUCUUUGUUUGGCUCGAAACCCCCCAAUGGAGACGCAGCGGGAAGGAACGGACAGAAGAACAGCUGAAGGAAGAGGAGGAGGAAGAAGAAGCUCUGACAGGAAAAGACGAAGAGGAGCGCCGCAUCGCUGAGAUGGGCCGACCCAUGCUGGGAGACCACGUCAAACUGGAGGUCAUCAUAGAGGAGUCGUACGAGUUCAAGAACACCGUGGACAAGCUGAUUAAGAAGACCAACCUGGCUCUGCUGGUUGGAACCAACAGCUGGAGAGACCAGUUCAUCGAGGCCAUCACUGUGAGCGCAGGUGAGGACGAUGACGACGACGAGUGCGGGGAGGAGAAGCUGCCAUCAUGUUUCGACUACGUCAUGCACUUCCUCACCGUGUUCUGGAAGGUUCUGUUCGCCUUCGUCCCGCCCACAGAUUACUGGAACGGCUGGGCCUGUUUCGUCGUCUCCAUAUGCAUGAUCGGACUGCUCACCGGCGUCAUUGGGGACCUUGCUUCUCAUUUCGGCUGCACAGUGGGCCUGAAAGACUCGGUCACAGCUGUAGUAUUUGUUGCAUUGGGAACCUCUGUGCCAGAUACCUUUGCCAGUAAGGUUGCUGCGAUCCAGGAUCAGUAUGCAGAUGCAUCCAUUGGUAAUGUGACGGGCUCCAAUGCUGUCAAUGUGUUCCUGGGCAUCGGGGUGGCGUGGUCCAUCGCUGCCAUCUACCACCAAAGCAAUGGGGAGGAGUUCAGGGUGGACCCUGGCACACUGGCUUUCUCCGUCACCCUCUUCACCAUCUUUGCCUUUGUUGCUGUCGGCACACUGAUGUACCGACGGAGGCCGGAGAUCGGUGGCGAGUUGGGCGGGCCUCGGACUGCGAAGGUCCUGACCACCAUGCUGUUCGUCAGCCUGUGGCUCCUCUACAUCCUCUUCUCCUCACUGGAGGCCUACUGUCACAUCCAGGGCUUCUAAGAUGACAAGGAGACGAUGAAGGAAAGGAGAAAUCAAGGGUUGGUGGGUGAAGGGAUGGAUUUGCAAAUCAAGACUGUCUCAUUGAUCUAUCACUCUCCCCUUUACGCAAUAGAUUGAAUGACGGAUGAAUGGAUGGAUGUACAGAUGAAGGAAUGGAGGACACAUUAAAGCAUCUUAAAGCAGAAUCGAAAGGAGUAUGGAUACAUUGAAGGAUGACAGCAAACAGGAGAAUCGUGGGAUCAAGAGAAAUGGCUCAGAAGAUGGAAAAAUUGCUGAAAAAUGAAUAAACUAAGGAAUACAUGUUUUGUCUCAACCUAUAAAUCCAAACCAAUCAAGCUGUCUUGAACCUGCCCCUGUUCAAGAAAUGAAUCCGCAAAGUCACAAACACAGAAAUAAACACACACACGGCUGGUUCAACGUACUGAAAUUGAAACAAGUCUUAAUAAAACGAGGGGCGAGAAGAGUUAAAAACACUGACGCACCAUCGCAGCUCCAAGGAUGCGUGGCUUCAACUACAGCAUUCAACAUUAAUCCUCUUUCAUUGGAGCUGUGCAGCUCCUGCAUCCAGCUGCAGUAAGAGGCAGAAGAGACUGUAUGUACAUGCAUGACCAGACGAAACUGAAAACACAAUCAGAAGAAGACGGAUACAUUGCCACAACUGUUUAAUGACAACAAACUGUGAGAGUGCUGGUUUGUGACUGUGUGUUUCUGUGCUUGUGUGUUGUGGGAAGAUGGUGAAGUACUGUGAAGAAAAAAAACUAAACGUUUGGCUGUCUCAGCAUGAGAUGUGCUUUUCGUAUUCGAGGACUUUUUGACUCUCUUCUAAAGAAAUGCUGAGUAAUGCUUUGUGGGAGGGCACAUUCAAUGAAGCGAAAGGUUUCGAACAUCACUGAGGUUAGAAAUGUAAAUAAAAGAGCUGCACGUACACCGCGGCUCCACUAUUUUCCAUCUGAAUGUCUUGGUUAGGCCAUGCGCUCGUGAAUGGGGCCUUUUUCUGUUGCUUUGUAUUGUAGAUGUAACUGAUUUAAGGUCUAAUUUUAAUCGAGAAGGGGUUAGUGUGCUUUUACCUUUAAUAAGGCCAUGUCUGAGAAGACAAUAUGGCCACUCUACCGUUUAAAACUGUUAGAGAAGCUAUUGUCAUUGCAUAAAUAUAUAGGUUAAUAUAAAGUGUUUUGUUUUUGGUUUUUUUUAACUGUGGAAUUCUGUUACCUGGUUUUCCACCAAGGAGAUUGCCGCCAUCAUUGUCAAUCAUAACAUUGCAAUAGACUUUAUAACGUUAAGUACCGCCCUCAGUGAAACGUCAUAUGUGUUAUAGCUCGUCAUCGUUUCUCUCACGUUGAUGCCGAUUUUCCAUUGGUUCACUCGACACCUUCGGCCAUUAUCCCAGUGUGUCUUAACCACCUCCCGCUGGCUGGUCAGUGGACCAAUCAAAAUCCUCAAGGGCUUUGUAUGAAACAACCACUAAUCCUUUUUCCUGGUCCCUGAUUUAUGAUUCUUCGUAUAGAUUGGCCCUUGGUGGGCUAUUUAACAGGGAUUUGUAUUCCCCCAACCUUAUACAUCACUCGCUUAGUUGGUAGGAAUUUGCUUCAGUGUGGCUUUAAGAGAAAAAACUACAAAAAAAGCAAGACGAUAAAAUAAGUAACACAGCUUCAUUUAGUGCACACAUUGACAGACCAAGUAUCCAGAGUUACACAAAUAUCAGAACAGCAGACAAAGCUUCAGCCUUUUGGUGGGAGUAUUUCCCAGUUGAUUACAAAGUCUGCUUAUAAAUCGCAAUAAGCCUUAUUCCAAAUUAAACCAUCCCUGCUAUGGUUAUCCCAAGGCUGCCGCCACUACCUAAAUAUAUAAGCCUUGGAAACCAACUGCUAACAUUUUACUCCAGUGGCUAGUCUACAUUCUUAACAUGGGAUCAGAUGAAGUAUUUGCUGUUGAUGUGGAGGUAGUUUUACUAACAGAUAAGGGGCAAAUACCGUUGUCUUACAGUAGCCCGGCAGUAACAUAGGGUACAUCUAGUCUCAGACUGUCUUUAUUAAUCUCUUUGUAUAAAGCUCGGACUCUGAAUGAAAUCCUUGUACAAUCAUUUCAAUUGGCUGUAUGUUGGAAAACACCAACCCCCAAAAAACUGCAAUUCUGUGACCUGUCUUACAAAGUGAGUUCACCUACUGUACGUUGGGCUGUCAGUGAUAUCUGGCUCUUUAUCCAGCUUUGAGCAAGUUCAUAUGAAAGUGUCGGGGGUGCAACGUCCCUUGACUUUUUAAGGUGUUGUUUGAAGGCUCAUUUAUGCUAAACAUUAGAUACAGAAAGAAAACGAGCCUGCUCAUCGUACUCCUAUCCAUUCAUUUAACACACAUCUUCCGAAAACUUACGUAUACAGACGAAUCUGAACAGUACUGAAGGAAAUCAUGGGGUAGUGUAACUCACUUUAUAAUACAGGUCCACACAGGCUCUAAAAUGAGUUCCCUGAAGCAUACUUUUUUCAUUUGAGGUAUAACUAGAAAUGUAUCUCAGCAGUGUUCUAACUGACUUUUGAGCUUGGAUGUUAUGAAAGGUUUGUGUACGAUGGGACAGAUGUUGCUCUUCCACCCUGAUAAACGUGGUGAUUGCUUUAAAAGGCAUCUUGAAGCUUCUCAUCGUUCUGUUUUAAGACAAUAGAUACCAAACAUGAUCUCAAGCAACAGCCAGGCAUCUUUUAAAACCAAUUUGUCAAAUACAAGAUUAGCUUGUAAACAUGUAUCAAUACCUGCUUUCAUGAACACUAGCAACACAAGAAUAUUUAACUUUCCAAUCAGCAAAUCAACCACAUUUUAGUUCAAACGUAACAGGAUGUCAUUAUCACAGGCUAACUCAUCGUCACUGGCCAUGAAAUAUAUCCUUAAAAGCAUGAAAGUGCCCUGAAACAUGUGCAGAACAUAAAUGUUCAAGCCUAUUGCGACUAUCCCAGAGUUUUACACUUCAGACUGUUAACUAUUUUACUCGUUCAGCCAAAACACCUAAAUAUCGAUGUACACAAACCUUACUGUAUAUGUAGGCAUUCAAAAAGUCCAUAGUAUAAAUGGCACUACACUGUAAGCAUCUGAAUUGGCCAGAAUUUUCCUGCUGAUGUUGUUUUUUUUACUUGAUGUAUUAUAUAAUAAGUAGUGUUUUAAAUGUCAUCUGUAAAGUUAGUAGUCUGGACGAGAUGUAAUCCAUUUAAAACUUGGCAACAAUCUUGUCACAGACAGCUUUCAACCCCUGUGAGAGAGUAGAGCUGAGCAGAGCCCUGGAUUGGAUGAGUUUGGCAAAUCCAGAGUAUCUUGAAGAAGAAGAUAACCUUAUAAAAAUUCCGACACAACAAAUCAUGCACUCAAGAACCACUCUACGACAAUUGAAAAAAAUUCAGCGGCCCAGCAAACGAGGCUCGCAUACUGAAAUCUGUCCAAUCUCACAAUUCCAACCAAUACUUUCCAAAUGCUGCAAAUGUCGAGCGUUUGUGGAAGAACUCUAGAAUGAAAUUAUCCUUUGGCAGCCGAAGAUGAAGAAGAACUGAGAUGUCAGAUUGCUUGCAUUUGCCAAACACUGCACAAUGUAUGGCUCUCCAUUAGAGUAGCUGUUCUCAUGUGAAGGCCUUGGAGUGGCAGUUUACCCCUGUUUUGCCAAAGGGAAAUCUUUCUAUCACAAUCUUAAUAUUUGCAGUCCGACCUGUAAAGGGUUUUAUAACCAGUGGAACUUUCUUAAAACACCAAAUAUUACUCAUAUUUCAUUACCACUCUGAAAAGAGACAAACAGACGCCUUGAUAUUGUUUGAGCGCUAACUAGAAUCUUUCUAUUUAAAUUUGUAUACAUUUGUCUCUUCACUGGCAUGGGGCUGAAGGUUUAUACACUGUAAAAAGUUUAUGCUAGCUUGCGCAAAAGAAAAAGAAUUAACGUUGUAGAAGCAGUUUGCAUCACUUUUUGAGUAACUCUAACAGGGUAUAUAUAGUAUCUUAAAUAUAACUAAAUCAUGUUGGAUUUACUUAAAAUGGCCUGCUGCCUAAAUUGUCACAGUUAACUUGUGGAGGAAGUGAAAAGCUUAGCAGUAACGUAGUUGUUAGCAUCAAGCUAGUUUGCUGCACAAAUUUCCAAGAAGCUAACUUUUUUUUUUUUUUGUUAGCUCUUUUGCUGCGCCAGCUUUGUUGCACCACCUCUCUCUACCUUGACUUAAAGGCUAGUUUUACGCGAUGCUAAUGACAGGUUAGCCGUUCAAAGAGUUUGUACCAAGCUGGGAAGCUAAAUAGCAGUUAGCUGCGACUGGCAAGUUUGUCGCGAUUGCAACGGUUGUUUUUCUAACUCAUCAAGGCAAAGAAUUGCAGAUUCACUUAGAUUUAGCUUCCUACCUUGGUUUGGACGGGUCAAAGGUCAGACAGGCCAUCGCUGUACAUACAGUUUUACACUAAGACCAAGCAAGGAGAAGAAGAACAAGCUGUAGAUCGUAGUAGUGUCGAUUUUAUUCUUCUUUGGUGGGGUUUGAGAAAGUGGGCGGGGUUUCAAAUGAAGGAAAAGCAUUGCACUGGUUCUUUUCGCUUGCGUGAAACGGCUGCUGUGUUGUUUCAUUAACAAAAGUUGCUUCUGAUGUAAACGGCAACAGAGAUUUUGUUGUUUUUUUGGACUGAUAAUGUUGUACCUGAUGUAAGAAAAAAAAAUACAAUGGUGUUGAAUCAGUUGUGUACCAUUAGCGACGUUGCUUCUGAUGUAAAGAUUGAUGAUUCGUUCGUUGCCUCGUUCGCUUCUUGACCGACCGACUUAUCUGUCUGACAGACGGAGGAGCGACACCCAACAGACAAACGGACUAAAGGAAGGACUCACAGCUCUGCUGGUACUGAAUGUACUGUUGGGAAAAAGAAAAAAAAAACAUUACCGGAGCUAUUCUCUACCCUUAAAGUAAACGUCAAAAGGAUAAUGAUAAAGAGAGGAAGAAGGAAGACAAGGAGGAAGAAGAUAAAAAUUAAAGAAAAAAAAAACAUGAAGUUACAGCCAUACAUUGAUUUCUGGGUCAGUGAGACUGAAAUGGACUUCUCCUGCCCAGCAUGUGUAUUGUUAUGGUGUCUAUCUGUCCCUCUGUGUCUCUUACCCGUCUUUCUCAGCCUCUCUGCUGCCACAUUAACCAGAACGGGCAGUGAAUCUUUUUUUGUUCCGUCUUUCUCCUCCCAGAUGUCCCUCCCCCUUUUUACCCUCCCUCUGCCAUGUUUUCCAUAUUUUGGAAUGUCGAUGUGCUACUUGUUGAUACUGUGCAUGAAUGAUAACAUGUCUGUAUAUAGUUAUAGAGAAUCGUAUCCCAUCCCCCACCCCCCGGAGUUGACAAAAAAAAGGUUUGAAUGUUGUACAGAUUCAGGUUUUCUUUUCAUCUUUGAUUCAGUUUUUUUUUUUUAAAUGUAUGUAGAGCUUAACAACGGUAUGUUUUUAAUUUAAACGAAGGCAAUGACGUCUUCUCGUUUUGGAGUAACUUGCACAUGACUAAUUAAUUAAGGUUAUUUUUGUUAAAAAGGCAAUAUCUGCUGUUAUUGAAUGAGAGAUGAGAUCUUUAAGGAGUUAUGUAUCUUAAAUAAAUAUUCUAUACGGGA